CCAGAGGCUCUUCCCAUUGCUCAAAGAAAAGGCUUCACAUUUUCUGAAGUAAAUUCUGUACUUGCAAGCACAAACAAAGUCAUUUGUUCCCAUUUCUCAUCUGAUGGGAAAUUGCUUGCAAGUGGUGGCCAUGACAAAAAGGCUGUUUUAUGGUUCACAGAUUCUCUAAAGCAGAAAGCUACUCUUGAAGAGCAUUCAGCUUUAAUCACUGAUGUCCGUUUCAGUCCAAGCAUGCCUCGUCUUGCAACUUCUUCAUAUGACAAAACUGUCAGGGUUUGGGAUGUUGAUAAUCCUGGGUAUUCGCUUCGGACCUUUACGGGACAUUCUGCAACUGUUAUGUCACUAGAUUUUCACCCUAACAAAGAUGACCUUAUCUGCUCUUGUGAUUUUGAUGGCGAGAUACGAUAUUGGAGCAUUAACAAUGGCAGUUGUGCUAGAGUCUCAAAGGGUGGCACUGCACAGAUGAGAUUUCAACCUCGUCUAGGGAGGUACCUUGCUGCAGCUGCAGAAAACGUUGUCUCUAUACUUGAUGUGGAGACACAAACAUGCCGAUAUUCAUUAAAGGGACAUACAAAGUCGAUACAUUCUGUGUGUUGGGACCCUUCUGGGGAAUUGCUGGCAUCUGUCAGUGAAGACUCUGUCAGGGUUUGGACUCUUGGAACUGGGAGUGAAGGGGAAUGUGUUCAUGAGCUUAGCUGUAACGGCAACAAGUUUCACUCGUGUGUUUUCCAUCCAACGUAUUCUUCAUUGCUUGUCAUUGGUUGUUACCAGUCAUUGGAGCUUUGGAACAUGACCGAGAACAAGACCAUGACUCUGUCUGCUCACGAAGGUCUUAUUGCUGCGUUGGCGGUUUCAACUGUAAAUGGUUUGGUUGCUUCAGCCAGUCAUGACAAGUUUGUCAAGCUCUGGAAGUGAGGUAUACCUUGUUGUGUUUACAAUACAGGUUGUUUAUCAGUGAUGAUAACAUGCUUGUAGUUCAUUUAUUCCUUUUUGUUGCUUGAUUAACCAACCUCCCUCUUUUGCCAUUGGGUUGGGUAUAUCUGAAUUUCUAUGUAACCAUAGAUACUAACCUUUGUAAUAUUGUCACUCCCUCUUGUAACCUGUUUCAUUAUUAUCUACCUGGAGAUUUCUGCUCCUGUAUCAUCCAGACCUGCUGUUAUAUUAUUUAUUUUAUACCCCUAUUUUCUCCUACGGAUAGUGCUGAUCCCAGUCUCGAGCAUUAACUCAUAUCUUCAGCAACCUAAAUUUGUUUUCAAAAUGGGGGAAGUUCAAACAUGCAAAGGUAUUUUGAUUAUUUAUUUACUCGUUAAAUUUGUGCAGUGGUUUUGUAGAACUCUUUUAGAUGUGU